AUGACACACGACCGCGUCGAAGCGCCCGUCACGCUUCGAGGAUAUCUCCUCUGCGUCUUCGCGGCCUUUGGUAGCAUUCUGUUCGGUUAUGACUCCGGAUGUAUUAAUGGAGUGCUUGGGAUGUUGUACUUCAAGCAGCAAUUUGGGAGCCCUUCGAAUGACAAAGAUGCAUACACCGGUCUUCUCUACCAGACGUGGGAGAAUUCUCUUAUCGUCUCCAUUCUCUCCGCUGGUACCUUCUUCGGCGCACUGGCUGCAGGCUGUGGCUGA